AUGUCUCAAGAUCUGACUCGUGAACAAUUUGAUUUAAUACGAAAAGUCCUAAAAGAGAAGAAAGAACAAGGUAUAUCUUCAGAUAAUAAUAUAAGGCCAAGAAAGAAACGGAAGAGAAGCAAUAAAAAUGAAUCAAUAUUGUGGAUAGAUAAAAGUCCAUCAUGUGACACAGUCGUGUUAGAUUCAGAAUCUUCUGGAACAGAAAUGGAAAUCAUUAAAGAGAAACCAGUGGAAGAGCAGGAGGAACAGGAAGAUGGAGAUGGGGAUGAAGAGUUUGAUUCAGAAGAAUUUGAAGAUGUUUUAUUCGAUGAGCAAAUAAACAAAGAUGAUGAUAUGAGUGGGGAUUUAAAUAUUACGAUUAAUAACUUGGACAACACUAAGGAAGUUGAAUUUAAGAAACAGAAGGAAAAACGUGCGCGGUUAUUGCACAGAAAUAUAGUGUCAAAUGAUGUGCGACAAUUUAGAAAGGAAUUUCAUUUUGAAUACUUAUUAUGUUUAUUAAUUCAUGGGCAUUUAAGAAACGAAUGGUUAAAUGAUGAUAAGUUAUUAAAUAAGUUGUAUAAAAAACGUAUUAUUUCCGAAAAGGUACAAGAUUUGUUACAUCCAACAUUAGAUCUAGAAUUACCAUUACGUAGUACAAGGAAGUUACUUGAUGGAUUGAAACAAAGUAUGCAACUCUGGAUAAAACAUUGUCGCGUUAUUAAACCAUACAAUGGAGUAGGCUUAUAUAUGAGACAUUGGGAUGAAAUUAAGACGCAUUAUCAUAACCAUCCUAUGACAAAAUCUCAGUUUAUUAAAGCUGUAACUAAAGGCUGCGGUAAUAGAGAUAUUCUAUCUCAAGGGUUUGUUGCACUAUUGAGAGCUUAUCAAGUUAAUGCAAGGUUAUGUUUUUCGUGUCAGCCGCCUGAUUUAUCUGAUAUGAAAUUGAAAAGUGCAAUAAAUUCUCAGCAUGAUAAUUCCGAUAUGUUUAAAUUUCCAAUUUUUUGGUGUGAAGUUUGGGAUAAAUUUAGUAAAAAAUGGAUAACUAUUGAUCCAAUGAAUUUCCAAAUAAUUGAACAAGUACGUAAUGUUUCGAAGUUGGAACCUGAUUCUAGCAGUACUAGAAACUUGAUGAGAUAUGUUAUUGCAUAUGAUAGAAAACAAGGAUGUAGGGAUGUAAGUAGAAGAUAUGUUAAACAAAUGCAUUCUUAUAAAUUCAGACAUGGAAGGGCAACAAAUGACCAAAAGGGAUCGGAAUGGUAUAGUAAAGUGUUAAAAAGAUUGACAUUAAGGAAAAGAAUCAAAAUUGAUGAUUAUGAAGAUCUAUAUUUUGAAGAUAGAGAUGAAAUGGAGGGGAUGCCUACAAGUUUACAAGAUUUUAAAAAUCAUCCCAAGUAUAUUUUGGAGAAGGAUAUCAAAACUACACAAUAUUUAGUCAAUAAUGCAAAGGAAUGCGGAUAUUUAAGGUUAAAUAAUAAGAAACAACCUAGUAAAGUAUUAAAAGUGUUUUUACGUAAAGAUGUGAUUGAUUUAAAAACACCGAGGCAGUGGUAUCAAUUAGGGAGAGUAUUAAAAUCUGGUGCUAGAUUUAAGAAAACUGUUAAGAAAAAAGAUAAUAUUGGAGUAAGACUUAAAGAUUCAGAUAAUAUUAAUGAUGAUGGUAUCGAGAGAUUAUAUAGUAUAGACGAUACUGAAUUGUAUGAACCUCCCAAUGCAAACGAAUUAGGUGAAAUUAAGAAAAAUACUUAUGGAAAUAUUGAGGUAUUUACACCAAGUAUGAUUCCACGUAAUUGUUGUCUAAUUGAAAAUCCUAAUUCCAUUAGAGCAUGUAAAUUUCUUAGAAUUGAAUAUGCACCCGCAGUGACGACUUUUAAUUUCCAAGGGAAGAGGCGAAUGGGAAAAGGUAAUGUUAAUCCUGUUAUCACUGGGGUAGUGGUGGCAAAGUGGUUUAAAGAUGCAGUAAUUGCCACAAUUGAAGGUAUAGAAUAUUCUUUGGAACAAGAUGUACAAAGGGCAGAGCAGUUGAAACAUUUACAAGAUUGGAAUGAUAUGUUAUUAAGAUUAAAGAUUAAAUCAAACCUUAUUGAGACAUAUGGUGUAGCAAAAGAUGAUGAACAAGAUUACACGGCAAACCAAGAUUUGAAUGAGAACGAUAGUGAUGCAUAUGUCGAACCAGGAGGAUUUCUUCCUGCUAAAGUGGAUCAAAUUAAUUCUGAGAAUUUCAGUUCAAAUUUGGCAACAAUGGAAAAUAACCAAGUUGUAGGAAGUGGGGAAGAGAAAGAGGAAGAGGAAGAUGAUGACGAUAAAAAUGAUGAAGUUGUAGAUGAGGAUAUAAAUUACGACGAGUAUGAGGCCUUUAUGGAUGAACUAGAAGCAUAA